AUGCCACCGGGGCCAGCUCGCCGUGGGCUGCUGACCUUUGUGGUAGGCGGUGAGCCUUUCGAGAUACCGUGGCCGUACCUGGCACUGCACUCGCCUGUUUGGGCGGACAAGCUGGCAGAGGAUCCGAAUCUCGCCGUCAUAGAGCUGGAGGGGGAGGCCGACUCCUUCCGCGCCUACCUUAACUUCCUGCAGGGUGCAGAUGGUCCCACGGGUGACCUCAGCCCGUCGAACUUUCUGCAGAUUCUCCACUGGAACCAGGAGUUCGGUGUAGAGCACAUUCGAGGACAGUGCGAGGCCUUCCUGUUGGACCCCCGGUGCCGCGAGGCCAUCGAGCUUUCCCCCGACGAGGUCCUAGAGAUCGCGGCGCGGCACGACAUGCCAAAGCUGUAUGAGAAAGCCGUCGAAGUGACAGGGCAGGGGAUGCAAUACAUCCAGGUUCCAAAGGGAGAGCCGACGAAGUUCGAUUCCGAGGACCUCAGAACAGACGUGGUGAAAGCUCACCUCUCGAUGGGCGUCAUGUGUGCAGACGGGGAGAUGCGUUGUCGGCAUCGGUAUGCCGACCAAGCUUUGCUUCCUGACGCCCAUGAGCGAGCGCGACUUCUCUGGAAGUCAAGGGGUCGGUUUCGCAAACCAGCUCCGGCAGAACCUGACCAUGACUGGCGAUGCCCCCAGAUGGUGUGGCCGCACCACUCGUUCCGUGGCGAGGACUGGACGGCAAUUGCUUCGGAGACCCAACCGACCUUGCCCCGUCGAUCGGCCUUGAGGCCUGGAUGCCCCGUGCAAAUUGGAGCUGUGCAGGGGUGUUCUGUUGAUCUUUCGUGGGAGGCGGAGUCCUCGAUGGUGAAAAGGCGAUGGCAGCUGGGUCUUGGAGGCCUUGGCCUUGGCCAAGUGGCCAUGGCAAAGCCCAGGAAGCGGUACGCACGUAGCAUGGUGGCAAAUGCAGACGACCUACUUCGCUGGUUUCCGAAGGCCAGCCUGGUCGUCUUGAGGGGAGCUGCAGUUCAGAUUGGGAUUGAAGAGUUGGGUAUGGCGGAGGCUCUCCUCAACGGCAGUGAGCUGUUUCCGCAGGAUUCGCUUCAUUAUGGCUUCGGCAUCUACAACCCGUCCUUGGCCCAUGCAAAGCCCGGCUACCUCCUGGCCGUAUUCCGGGCUUCGAAUUGGCACUAUUGUCCAGAAUCAGGCUGGGAUGGAAAUUGGACUAGUGUCCCACACCACAAAGCACAGGCAACCCAAUACAACCAACCGAUACUGGCCACGCUGAAGCUGCCAGACUUGACAGUAGUUGAGGCGGUUCCCGUGGCCUUCCAGCGCGACCGCUUCCGGGCUCGCUUCCAGGAGGUGCAGGAUGGCAAAGUUCUUGCAGAAAGAUCCAUCGAAGGUCCGGAGGACCUUCGGCUUUACAAGUUUGAAGAAGACUACUGGCUGUCGUUCAGCUUCAGAACCUCUUACAUCGCAAAGCUGCAAACAAGGCUCUGCUUUGGGAAUCGUGCACAUGGCUGCACGCCUGCUGCUUGGAUCGAGACUGGCACUCUAAUGGAAAUCACUCCGGAGGCACUCCAUCGCCGAGAACACCGGGAGCAACAGGCUUUCAAGAAUCUGAACCUGGCUCAGGUCCGCAAGGAGUCCAUUCUCGUGGAGUUCUCCCUGAAUCCUCGUAUCAUGCUCGAGGUUGACUUGGCGUCGGGGCUCUGGCAGCAGGUGUCAUCAACGCAAACACCCGCUUUGCCUUUGCUUCCGACUUCGCAGUUCUUCUACCGAGGAGGCUUCUGCUGUGUGGGCCCAGUUGACUGGGGUGGCCUUGAGGUUAGCAUUGGGAUUGCGCACAUCAAGUUCAACAGGUACGUCUUCCUGCAUCGCUUCUACCUGGUGAACAAUGAAUCUCCCUACGAGGUGCUGGCGACCUCCCCGGAGCUUUGCUUCCACUACCUGGGCCAAGAAGGCCUUGCCUGGGACGAGUUGGGACAUGGCUGUGAGACCGUGCAGUUCGCUUCAGGUCCUAGAACCGCAGGAAGGCAUGGUGCUCCAGAAGCUCCAUUCACAGGACCAGACCAUCCUGCUCAGUGCAGGUGUCAAUGA